AUGGCAGCCAUGGAGUCAGAUCCGAGCACCCAGUCCAGAGUGAUGUUCCAGGCGGCAGACAAAACAGAGGAGCCGGCACACCGCAAGCUGGGCAAACUGACAGUCAAAUACAACCGUAAGGACCUGCAGAGGAGACUGGAUAUCGAAGAGUGGAUCGACGGGCAGCUGCACCUGCUGUUUGACUGUGAGGAGGAAGAGAUCCCAGAGUUAGAGAUUGACAUAGAUGAGCUCCUGGAGCUGACAGAUGAGGGGCAAAGAACCCGACUGCAGGAGUUGUUGCAGGAAUGCGGAAAGCCAAAAGAGGAUUUUAUCAACGGGCUACUCUACAGGAUAAAGGGUCUACGCAAAAUGUCGGUCAAAUAG